AUGUCUACUGCUUAUGAUUAUGUCAUCGUCGGCGGAGGUACGGCCGGUCUCGUCCUCGCCGCCCGGCUGAGUGAGGACUCGUCGAAGCAGGUUGCUGUGAUCGAGGCAGGAGCGAACCGCAAGGGCGACCCGAGGAUUGACACGCCCGGAUUGGUCAUGUCUGUGUACGAAGACAAGGACUAUGACUGGAGCUUCUUGACGGAGCCUCAGGAGGCAUUGUACGGACGGCAAAUCGCCUGCCCCCGUGGGCGUGUUCUCGGCGGUUCAUCUGCCAUCAACUUCUCAGCCAUCCUCUACCCCUGCCAGUCAGACUUCAACGACUGGGCGGCGCUGAACAAGGACUCGAGCUGGAACGCCGAGGCCAUGGCGCCGUACCUGCGGAAGUUCCACACGUUCCGGCCGGCGUCGGAGGCGACGAAGCAGCAGAUGCUGAUCGACUACAUGGACGAGUCCAGCUACGGCACUGAUGGCCCCUUGAACGUGGCCAUCCUCGACGCCUUCGGCCCGCUGAACGAGGCUUGGGUCAAGUCGUUUAAGGAGCUCGGCUACCACUCCAAGACUGACCAGAUCCACGGCAAGACGGUGGGCUGCUUCACCAACCCGGUCUCCAUCCACCCCGACACUCGCGCCCGCGAGUACUCGGCGUCGUCCUACUACACCCCCGAGGUCGAGGCCCGGCCGAAUCUCCACGUGCUGACGGAAGCCCUGGUCGAGAAGAUCGAAUGGGCCGAGGGCGGCGAGCCUCUCAACGCCACCGGCGUCCACGUGCUCCAAAAGGACGGCAAGCGUACGUUCUUCGGCGUGCGGACCGGCGGCGAGGUCAUCCUCUCGGCCGGCUCCAUCAAGAGCCCGCAGAUCCUCGAGCUGUCUGGCGUCGGCAACGAGCAGCUGCUGAAGAAGCACGGCAUCGAGGCCAAGAUCAACCUUCCGGGUGUUGGCGAGAACCUGCAGGACCACGUCGUGGCGACGGCCAGCUACGAGAUAGCCGACGGGCACAUGUCGGGCGACAACCUGCAGAAGAGCCCCGAGCUCAUGAACGCCGUGAUGCAGAUGUACCAGGCGACGCGGACGGGGCCGAUGACGGGCACGAUGCUGGGCAGCGCUCACCUGCCGCCCGUCGACAAGAACGGCGCCCUCAGCAAGAGCGAACUCGAGCAGCUCAUCGCAAAGGCCGACGACUACCCGGAUUUCCCGGGCAAGGCGGCGCAGUACGCGCUGCUGCGCAAGCGGCUGGAGGCGGGCGAGCCGUCGGCGCAGUUCCUCUUCAUCCCCAAGCAGCUCAACCACGACGUGCAGCAGAACACGAUGCAGUACCUGUUCGGCGGCGCCGAGCCCGAGAACUACGUGUCGGCCGUCGCGCUGCUCAACCACCCCUUCUCGCGCGGCACCGUGCACAUCACGUCGGCGGACCCGGCGGCCGACCCGGCCAUCGAUCCGCGCUACCUCUCGCACCCGCUCGACCUCGAGCUGCAGGCCCGCCACACGCAGUACUUCGACGCCAUCACCGGCACGAAGGCGUUCCGCGAGGUCCUGAAGGACGGCGGCAGGCGCCUGCCUGGUGGUGAUCUGGGUGAUUUGGAGACGGCGCGGAAGGUGGCGAGGGAGCGCGCGUUCACUUGCUUCCAUCCUGCUUGCACGUGCCCGAUGAUGCCGCGCGAGCUGGGCGGUGUUGUGGAUAGCCAUCUCGUCGUGCAUGGCACCAAGAACGUCAGGGUUGUGGACGCGAGUAUCUUCCCCAUUGAGCCGCUCGGCAACAUCCAGGCGUCCGUGUACGCGGUGGCUGAGAGGGCGGCGGAUAUCAUCAAGAGCGAUGCCAGCAGGAGAGCCGAGCAUGGCGUCAACGCGGGAGAUGCGUCUCAGGAUGAUGAUGAAGAAGAAGAAGAACUGAUCGAGAGCCAAGACGAGGAAGCCAGCGAUGGGGAUGAGAUUUAUUCGGUUGAGAGCCAAGACGAGCAACACACCUACGACAGCGCCAUCUUAAGCAGGGACGAACUUUGGUGGACGCAAGCCGUCCAUGUUCUUGGCUUCGACACUGACACCAACAGUCUUCGCGUGCUAGACAAGGAUCUUCUGUACGGCGUGCUGCGCCAGUUGACUCCCAAUUGCCGCAAUGCCUUGGAGUUUGUGAACUAUGGUAACCCCGGUCCCGAACAUGGCAGGUUCUGGGAUUCCAAGCCCGGCGAAGAGGUAACGCUCACUCUGCCUACAAUAGAGCCCAAGCUACUAGACAUGGUUCGCAAUGUCAUCUCCAGUGGAGAAUUGAAACCACCAGGCCACACGAAGACUCCUCUGGACUUGGAGGCCCGCGUUCGCCACGAUCCAUUCGCCAAUAUACCGUACGACAUCUUGUACAACAUCACCGCCCUGCUCCCCUCAGACUCUGUUCUGAACCUGAACAAGGCAUCCUGGUUCGUCCACACGUGUCUGCUCAACAACAACGCCUUCUGGAAGCAACGACUAAGGGAACACACACCAUGGUUCCACAAACUGCGCUCGCUGAUAGAUGACGCCACCACGCCUGCAGAAGGCUGUGAUUUCCGCACGCUGUUCUUUUGGCUGUACGCGCAGUCGCGGCCGCGGCUCUGGAUGAGUGGCCCCUUCAUGGCCCUCGCCAACCGCCGCCGCCUCUGGGGCGUCUGCGAGCAGAUUGCAGACCACUAUCAUCAAGCAAAACAGAGGCAACGACCACCCCAGGCGGACGACGAGUCCACCGAGACAGCCCAGCUGAUUGAGAACCACGCCGACACUCCGCGCAUGCCGAUAGUCGCAUAUCCGCCGCCCGGCCCGGACGCUGAGACCAUGUCGACCGUGUUUAUCCGGUCGUGGGCGGAGCUCGACGCGCCGUUUGCUCUCUUCGAGGCGUUCUGGGCCUACGAUCGCAGCGUGGGGGUCAAAAACGGUACCAGGAACGGUUCGCUGGUCGGAUUGGCCAUGACUUUCGACGACGGGUGCCGCAGGCUCUUUGGGCGGGACGAUUCUGCCGAGGGUGUGUCGCGGGAAACUUGCUUGAUCGUGAAUCCGGCGCAGAUUGGAGGCUUGGUCCUGCAUAUCGAUCCCAUCGUGAACAAAGAUCGUACCUGGACGACUUCUGUCAAGGGCAUCUUGGACGGAAUGGUCGGCAGUCUCGGCCUCCUCCAGUGUGCCAGGCCGCCGAUGGACGACUUUUCCCUUGCCCCAGCCCCCCUCUCUCCAGAGCCUAAUCCCAUUUCAGAUGAAGAGACUCGCAAUCUGCACAUUUGCCAAGACCUCUUGUGGAACUGCGAACUUUUCGUUGACCACGAAUACGGCAUCUGGAACCACCCCUCCAUCCGCGCCUGGUUUCCCCCUGACCCAUCGCGCCGCCGAAGUAACCACGCUGCUGUCCCGGCCGACAUCAUCCCCCACGAGGUCCUGCUUCUGGCGACGCGUCAUGCAGCCGACCUACAGAAGCUGCAGCGCCUCUCCGGUACCGUCACCGCCGCCAACGAUGUGCUUGACGCCGCCAUCAACCGCGCGGCCACAUCCACCACCACCACCACCACCACCACCACGCACCACCACCAUGCCCGUGUCCUCCGCGGCGCGUAUGCCAAGUUCGAUUCCAAUGAUAACGGGCUACUAUCGUGUAACAUCCACGUCGGCACCAACGUCCGCCUAGGUAAUAACGUCGAUUGGAAGACGGAAUUAGUUGAGAUGGACAUCGAUGGUCCCGGGGGCGAGGUCAUAGACAGGGUCGAGGUGUCCGGUGACGUGGAUUGUGCUCUGUCGGUGAAGGUAAGCGGGCUGAGAUGA